AUGUGCCAAGCCAACGAUCUUGCUCAACGAAGACACAGAGCGGCCUAUGUGGCACCUUCUGCUGAUCUCUACCCCGAUACUGCCAGUGCAGGUGCCGCGGAUGAUGAUGUCACAACGGCCUCUUUGAUUCCACUUUUGGUCGAAGUUCCUUCCCAUUCAAAUUAUGAUAGACCCGUGUCACCACCAUCGUCAAUUGAUUGGUUGGAUUUGGAGGGUGCAUUGGAAGCUGACAAGAAGAGUCGGAAUAUUAAUCUUUGGAGGGUCAAAGUUAUGGACAUUGUCAAAGCUUGCAAACGCUGGUUCAUGGAUAUUGUUGCCGUGGUGUACAUGUGCUUCCUCGGCUGUUUUGUCUACGAUGUUGAAGUACGUGUGGUCAAAUCAAAUCGACGGCGGAUGCGGGAGCGACGUGUCAUUGUACGCAAUGAGGGUGCUCGGCGGCGGAACAGACCGGUUCGGACUACCAGUUUGUUGCUCAGAGAGGAUGAUGAGCGGACGCAGCCAUAUGGGUUUGUAUGA